AUGGCAGGCAACGAUGACAAUAACCACCGCCAAGCGCAGAGGUGCGCACAAAGUGAAUCCGAAGAUUUUUUCGACAACGACCUCACGGCCCUCAACGAUGCGACACCUGUUCUCGACUCUCAGCAGCAGACAUUCCCACCUACCAUCAACUCUCCACCUCAGGGUCAUACUGACUUGGACAAUCGUCUUAUUGAUCCCUUGCUCUUAGCCAACGACGUGACUGCACAGACGUCGGACUUUUCUCACUUUGAGGCUCCGCCUGAAGGUUCCCUUUACACAGAUUUCCUCUCCGACAACCAGACGCUCGAGACCAACUCAAAUCCACAGACGUCGGCUUUUUCUUCACUUCCUACUGUGCCUGAAGAUUUGCUCGCAGCCGAUUACCAAUUCGACAAUCAGACGCUCCAGAACAGCUCAAACACACAGCCAUCAGCCUUUCCUGCUGUUCCUACUGUGCCUGAGGAUUUCUCUCACACAGAUUUUCUUUUCGACGGCCAGACGCUCGAGAACAACUCAAAUCCACAGCCGUCGGCUUUCUCUUCACUUCACACUCUACCUGAGAAUUUCUUUUCCACAGGUUACCAACUCGACACUCAGAUUGAGAACAACUCAAACCCACAACCGCCGGCUUUUCCCUCUCUCACAACUCUGCUUCAGGAUUCCUUUUCCACAGAUUACCCACUCGACAAUCAGACCCUCGGCGGAAACGAAACAGAUCCUACCUCUCAUCCUUUCGCAGCAAGCACAUACAACAUUCAGCAUCAAACCGCGGUCCUCCCAACCGCCUCUUUUGGCAGCCUGACUCACCCAAACACAGAUAUUGCUCCAAGUGGUCAAUAUCACGAGGUCUCAGACAAUCAGCCGAGCAACUUCGACUCACAGUUUAGAUCACUUUAUCCUUCGCCUCCUCAAUCAUACCAUACCUUAGCGUCAGUCCCUGCUGGCAACAUACAACACGCGUCAGAAGCUCCUCAGUCCAGAUCACUUAAUACUUCUCGUUCUCAAUCAUACCGCAGCUCAGGUCCAGGCCGUACUAGAAAUCGACAACGAGCUUCGCAGCCUGCGCAGGUCAGAUCUUCUACUCGUCCUGGAACACAGUCACAUCACAACUCAGCGUCAAGCCUCGUUGGCAGUCAACAACAGGCUGCGCAGCUUUCACAGGUCAGAUCACUUCCUCACAGCUUAAACCCCACCUCUACACAACCCUACCAGGCUCAAGACGACAUGGCGCGCGGCGAAGCUCAGGUGGGAACCAUACAAGCCCUUGCCAUUGACCGAGCUUUGAGAGACUUUGACAGAGCGCCGGAGUCGACCUACGAGGAUGUGUACCGGCGCGUCGUCCAACAUUAUGUUGACCUGGUGGUCACUGAGGGCAUGCCUCAGUUUUGGAUCAGCCGGCUCAACCUGGAGGUUGAGCUGGCAAGAGUGAUCAUUGUGGCUACCAGGAGCCCAGAACUAUACACACGUCAGCACCUGGACACGUUGCAAGAGCUGGGAGACUCGAUGAUGAGAGAGCAUCGAGCCGAACGCUACCGCGCCCACUGGUUGCAUGAGCUCCGCGAAGCCGGUAUCACGCUGGACGACGUUACUGUCGUCCACGAAGAUACGGCCGAGUACGAGCGACGGACCGAGCAUCGGAGCUGGUGGUUUGAAUGGGUGCAGGGGACCCGUCCUGACGAUGGGACCUCGGGAGACUUAGGCUCGCGGGCCCCUACCACCAGUGACAAUGCUGGUGGUUCGGGUUUGGCGGGAACCGGUGCUGACGUUACUGUCAGCAACGGCCGUUCCCAAGCCGUCCCAUCGGCCACCCUGCCCAGCAUGCCGGUUCCGUCUCGCACCAGACGGCGCGCCUCCAACCGCCUCCGAUCCGCCAACACUUCUGCUGGCGGUGCCUCUAGUUCGCGGCCUGUUAGCGCUGCUCGCCCCACGAGGGGCAACGCGGGUUCCAACCCGCUCACCGUGCGAGUCAACGGGGGUCGAACGACCUUCGCGAUGAACACGGCGGGCGGGUUGGUCGACUUUGCGGAGCACCAGCGCGGCCUGCGAUGCCCGUGGACCUGCCUGCUCGGUGACAGCUAUGUCACCCCAGAGCGUGGACGGCUCACGGGCCAUCUGCAACGCGACCACCAGCUUAGUGCGGCGGACCUCGCCCACAUGCUGGUGGAAAAUCCAAACGCGUCGGACUUUGAGGGGCACCUCAGCAAAGACUGUUUCGCCUGGGCCCAAUACACCCACGGCGACCCCCGACCCUGGAAGUGUCUCCUGUGCGCCAACCACAGGGGCAUGAGGGACGGGAGGAACACCCUGGCCCGCCAUGUGAGGCAGACACAUGGCAUCCAGGUUGCCCUCCCGGCCGUUCGCGACGUGCGGCAGCCACGCCGCCGUCAUCAACCAGGGACGGGGACGACGUCGGAGGCGGUGGCGAGGCAACUCGAGCCGGUGGACGGGGCGGAGCAGCAGAGGGCCGCAGGCGCGGCUGCUCAAGAAGGUGCCAUGAACGGGGGGCUACGCCUCACCUUGACUGGCACGAAAAGCUCCGCCCUGGAUGCCGGGCUCGAUGAAGCGAUGGACGAGGAGGAGGAGGAGGGAGAGGAGGACGAGGAGGCGAUGGAGGAGGAGUAG